AUGGGAAAAUCAUCUAUAUUUAAUCAAAAAAGAGCAAACUUUACAGACGAAAAUAAAAUAUUUAUCAGGGAACAAUCUGAUAAAUACCAAAAAUCAACAUCGAGAGAUGAAAAAACGAAUAUAAUCAAACAAGUUCUUCAAUAUUUUAAUAUUAAAUACGCCGAAAAUGAAUCUAAAGCUGUCAGAAGAUAUUUUAGUUAUAUUGCAGUUAAAAAUAUUCCCGCAGUUACUGGAAAAUAUCCUGAUACAAUUGUUCGCAAAGAUAUGCUUUAUUCGCAUGAUCAUACAAAUAUUAUUAAUUCAAAUAAUAUUGAACGUUACUACCGUUGCAUCGAUCAUUCUUGUCAAGCACGUUAUUUAGUUAAAAUUGAGAACAGUUCAGUUUCCGAAGAUUUACAAAAGGAACAUAUACCCGAAUGCAGACAAUUUAAAAAGUUACAAAAUGAAAAAAAUGAUCUUCAUAAAUCAAUGACUCUGACAGAAAUAUACAAUAAGGCAAUGGCAAAAUUUUCUGAAGACAACGGCACUUUUCAGCAGAUUAAAAAAUUUAUGACAGAACUUGCUGUUGGUACUGAUGAAAACCCAUUAAUUAAAGAUUCAUUGGUCAGGGAAGUUUAUAAUAAGUCCAGAAAAUUUUCUGUUGGAGAAAAAAUUACAGACGAUGAAAUUGCUAAUUUUUGUUUAAUAAAUGGCGAGCAGUUUUUCAUUGGCCAUGAUUUUCAAGCAAAUUGUGAGACGAUGUUUUUUGGUUUUGAGAAGGCAAUUCAAUUUGCAAAAGAAGCCACAGAUUUAUUUUGCGAUGGAACUUUUAAAAUUACACCAAAACAUUUUCAAAAAGGACAGAUGCUAACAAUUAUGAUUUGUGAACCUUCAACAAAUCAAUAUCUACCACUUUUAUUUAUAUUCAUGAAAAACCGCACAUUUGAAUCUUAUAAGAAGGCAUUUGAAUAUAUUUUUACUGUCAAGGGUAUUCAAUUUUCAAAGCUAAUUCAAAUUCAUUGUGAUUUUGAAAAGGGAAUGAUAGAGGCACUUCAACAAAUUUUCCCUAAAGUCCGUAUAAUUGGAUGCCUAUUUCAUUUCAAACAAGCUUUACACAGGAAACUUGUAGCACUUUAUACAAAAAAUUUCAAUACUUUACAAAAUUCUUUAUUUAAGCUAUAUUCUAUUACUCCAUUCAUGUCUCAUGAAGAAUUUGUACUUACAAUGCAUAUAAUUAAUCAAAAUAAAGUUGAUUCGAUCAAAGAUUAUAUUGAUUAUUUCAACAAAGUUUGGUUGCCGCACUACAAUUUAAUAUCUCAAUAUAAUAAUGCAACUGCAAUAUUCACUAAUGAUUGCCUCGAGAGUAUGCAUUCAGAAUUUUCUUCGUUAAAACAUCCAAACAUUUAUGAAGCUAUUAAGAAGAUAUCUCAAAUCCAAUUAGAUAAAUAUAACGCCAUCAAAAAUAACCAGAAGAUCGAGCGCCAUAUAAAAACCGUUAUCACUGAUAGCUACAAAAAUUAUAUUCUUGACUGCUUUCAAAAAGAACUUGAGAAAACAAUUUUUUCUAUCAAACAAUACAACGUAAGUGAUCUUUCUUUGGCUCAGAACGAGAUUUCUCCAUAUGGUUCCAUAGAAUCGAGUUCAUUGUUCGAAAAUAUUCCAGUUCAUGAUGCAGAUAUACUCAAAUCGAUCGAUCUAACAGAUAAAGAUACAAUGAUCACUAAGUUUAUUAAUGAAAAAAGAGAAAAAAUUAUGGCAUUAUUUAAUGAAACAUUAAAUCAUCCAGAUUUUAAUUCAUCCACUCCAAUUCAAACUAAUUUUGAGCAAGCCGAUACAAAUCAAGGUUCAGAUGCUCCAAUUCGCUCCGAAAAUUCAAAUAUUGCAGACUCUACAGAUUUAGAACCAGAAAAUCAAAACCAUCCUUCUACAAAUCAAAUGUCUAGUAAUCUAGAACAUAAGCUGGACCUUCUUGAUCAUAUUGAAAAACAAUUAUCGAAAAUGCGCUCGUUAUUGGGAAUUCUUCCUACUACAAAUGCUAUUGUUGGGCCGUCAAAACAAGUUUCAGUUAAUAGCAAGCAAAAUUCUGAAAAAAAUAAGAAAAAAUCUUCCAUAACAACAAAAUCAAACAAUACAAAACAAAAUUCAUCCGACAAUCCUCCUAAACGUAAAGCUCCUAUUUCGGAAAGGAUUCUCAGCGAUAAUAACUUAUAUUUUCAAGUUCAUCGAAAGAGAUCGAAAAGCAAACGUUCCACAUCUACAGAGAAAAAGAAUUGA